AUGCAGAAGGAGAUAGACUCCAAGAAACCAACGCUCGCCGCCAUGCGCAGUGGCUCUGCUGCGGACCUCAAUGGCGAGGCAGUAUCUGACACCUCUGUCCUCCUCUUCUCCGGCCACUUUGCAGACCUGGAGUCCCAAUUCUUCACCGAGUCCGAACGCAUGAAGGCGGCCACAUAUCAUAUCAAUGACUUUAACUGUGAGUGCUUCAACAGGCCAUCACAUCCAUUUAUGUGUGGGCCUCGAAAUGAGCAAAAUGGAAUUUAA